GCGUUCGUGCGCGUUCCUAGCAGAGCUUUGAUUUAUUGUUGUUGCUGCUGCUGCUAUAUUUGUUAAUAAUGUUUGUGCAACCAACAAUAAUAAUAAUAACAACUGCAUCGAUACCUACGACAACUACGACAAAUAAAUCGACGAUUGCAGCAAGAGUUUUCGCUGGCUAAUGUAAAGUUUGUGCUUGAGAAGUUUGUGGAACGAGAAGCGAUUUUAGAAAAGCAGACCAUUGAAUCAAAGGAAGCCGAAGCAACAAAGUGUUCCUAGGUUAUAACACAAUCCACACGCACGCACACACAUAUAAUCCACAAGCCACAUAACAAAAUGGUGGACUACUACAAAGUAUUGGAUGUGGCUCGCACUGCCACAGACAGUGAAGUGAAGAAAGCGUAUCGAAAGUUGGCUCUUAAAUGGCAUCCUGACAAGAAUCCCGAUAACCUCGAGGAGGCCAACAAACGUUUUCGAGAAUUAUCAGAAGCCUAUGAAGUGCUAUCCGAUGCUCGUAAGCGAAGGAUCUACGAUGCCAGAUCCACGCUGCACAAAUCAUCGGCAAGCAGCAGCGCCAACGCCAGUACCUCAAGUGGUUACUAUUCGCGUUAUCGCAGCAGCGGCGGAUCAGCCUCGUCGGCGGGUCGUGACUAUGACUAUGACUAUCAUUAUCCCAGCUAUGGGUCGAGUUCUGGCGCAAAGCGAGGGAAUCGCUAUCAGGCGUUUACCUUCCGCAACUUAUUCGAGGGCACGCCGUUUCACAAACUUUUUGAGAAGAAACGCCGCAUUUACGAUGAGUACGGAAAGGAUGGCCUAGGAGAUCGGGCACAAAGCCGCUCACAUGCCCGUCAUCAUUACACACACGACUUUGAUGACUUCGACAUCAUGGGCGGUUUUCCAUUUGUGUUCCGACCCCCCGAAGAAGUUUUCCGUGAAUUCUUUGGCGGUAAUGCGCCCUUCGCCGACUUUUUCAGAGAUGCCAAUGGCUAUUCACAGUCGAAUGGCGCCACAAGCAGCAGUCGACGUCAUGGCGGCCACACUACUCAUAAUAUUGGCGGCAACAUUGGCGGCUCAGCUCGACAUCAUCAUCACCAUCAGCACAAAUUGGCGAGCCCGUUUGGGGCGCCCAUGCUCAAUUAUUCGAUGAUGGAUUUUUUCAUGCCCACCGGCGGUUUCACUUCCUUCACCGCCAGCAACAGCGUCGCUGGUGGACACCACAGCAAUGGCGCUGUCAAACGCACGUCCACCUCAACGGUGUUUGUCAAUGGCAAGAAAUUGAUGACCAAACGUGUCGUCGAAAAUGGGAAGGAAACUGUCUUUUCAUAUGAAAAUGAUGUCCUUAAAUCAAAGACUGUGAAUGGAGUGUCCCAAAAGCUCUCUUCAAUAGCGAAUUAAUUAUACAAUAACAUUAACAAACAAACAAUGGGAAACAACACAAGGAAAUUAAACAGAAUCCAAUGCAUCGACGGCAGAUGCGGCGAUGGAUGUAACAUCAAACCACAACAAUAACAAAGAAGUCAUAAAUUUAAAUCAAACAUUUAAUGAAACGGUUAACUUCAAGAACCUGAUGAAUAACUAAGAUUAUGCUUUCUUAAUGCUUCGAUAAUAUGUUUAAACAAAUUAUUCUACAUUAGAAUUUAGUUAUUUUUAAUGGAAUUGUUUUGAAUGAAAUGAACAGGAGAAGCAACAGCAACAACAACAACAGACAGCAGCAGCAAGCAACAAGAUCGACAACAACUAAAGAAUGCCAAGCUAGGACAACAACAAGAUUACCAUGAACAACAGAAAUAGCGACUUGAAUGGCAGUUAUUUAAAUUACUUGUGAAAGGCCAAUUGUUUGAGUGCGAUUUGAUUCGAAAUUCUGAACACUUGCAAUUCAAAUUGUUGUCAAAAGUUUCGAACAAAAUGCCUGAAAAUGAAUGGCCGAGAACAAAAAGCAACAAAGAAAUAAAUCGCUAAAAAGAAAAACCAACUGGAAUGCUAAAAACGCUUAAGCAAUUUAGUUGAUAAGUUUUAGGGAGGGAUGCUAGUGUGUGGGCGUGGCUGUUCAAUCCAAUGUGUAACUGUUUAAUGUAUGUAUGUAGUUAUCUACCAUUAGUCAAUUAAGUUGCCACAAUACUAAAAGAACCAACAACAACAAUACAAAUGCGACAAUGAAAUUGGCAGAUUUAAAACUCUUAAAAAUCGAAAAUGCUAAAUCUUUUGAGUUGCUCUUUUUGUACAUUAUAAAAAUGCAUAAAUUAAAAAAAUACAUAAUUAUAUAGUUACAAUAUUAAAUGAAUGAAAGAGAAAACAAACAUUUCUGACAUUGAAUGUUUAUAUUUAAAAAUAAUUUAAACUUUACUUUCUUAGUCUGUAGUCGUUUUUUAAAUGCUUAAGCUUAAGAUAUUUCUCACAUAACCUAAACAAAAAACAAAUGAUGAAUAUAUUGUAUUGAACAGAAUGAGAGACACAAAAAAAAACUAAUCAUAAUCGCCCACAAUAUAAUACUGUG